UACCAGAAGUCUUUCUCGGGACAGAGAACUGUGGGUGGUUCAGUUGAACAGUAGGCUAUCUGAGAGAACUUUGGGUGGUUCAGUUGAACAGUAGGCUAUCUGAGAGAACUUUGGGUGGUUCAGUUGAACAGUAGGCUAUCUGAGAGAACUUUGGGUGGUUCAGUUGAACAGUAGGCUAUCUGAGAGAACUUUGGGUGGUUCAGUUGAACAGUAGGCUAUCUGAGAGAACUUUGGGUGGUUCAGUUGAACAGUAGGCUAUCUGAGAGAACUUUGGGUGGUUCAGUUGAACAGUAGGCUAUCUGAGAGAACUUUGGGUGGUUCAGUUGAACAGUAGGCUAUCUGAGAGAACUUUUUGCUUUCUAGUAUUUUCUGGGGAGUCUCUCUCAGUUGUCUGUGUCACUGUGCCUAAGCUCUGAGCUUAGGGCUGUAAGAGACAGUACCUCUGGGCUGUGCAGGCAGUGUCUAACUGUGGGCUAUAAGGGGUUGUAAAGGUUUUGCCUUACUGUGGGCUGGAUGGCUGAGCUGGUGAGAGUGAGGAAGAAACAUCUCCAGACACCUAUCUCCAGGCUGAGGUGUAUGGUCAAGCAAUUGGAAGAGAAAGAUGUGGACUUCGAAGAUCUGAAGAAGAACUUGGACUACACCGCAUCCUUACUGGAAGCUGUUUACUUUGAUGGGACCAGACAGGGUCUGGACACAGAGGACGACCUCCAGAAGCUGCACUCUGAUGGCGUGCCCACGGAGGUCACUGAUUGGCUGGCUUCAACCUUCACUCAGAGGGCCCGCCACCCCGCCCGCCGCUCUGACGACAAACCAAAGUUCCGCAGCAUCGUCCACGCAGUUCAGGCUGGGAUCUUUGUCGAGAGGAUGUUCAGAAGGGCCUACACUGCUGCCAUGCCUGACCAACCUGCAGCAGUAGUUAACUGUCUCAGGGACAUUGACCGGUGGAACUUUGAUGUGUUUGCCCUGAACACAGCCAGUGAUGACCACGCACUACAGACCCUGGUCUUCGAGCUGGUGACACGAUACGAACUCAACAGUAGAUUCAAGAUCCCAAUCUCCUGUCUGAUGUCCUUCUUGGAGAAGCUGGAGAAAGGCUACAGUAAACACAGCAACCCCUACCACAGCGGUGUCCACGCAGCCGACGUCACACAAACCCUACACUGUCUGCUCUUACGUACAGGACUAGUGCACUGGUUGACUGGACUGGAGGUCCUGGCGUCCCUGUUUGCUGCGGCCAUCCAUGACUACGAACACACUGGAACUACAAACGACUUCCACAUUCACACAAAGUCAGACUUUGCUAUGAUCUACAACGACCGGUCAGUCCAGGAAAGCCACCACAUCAGUGCUGCGUUCCAUCUUCUACAGGACGACCAAUCCAACAUCUUCAUGAACCUCUCCAGAGAACAGUGGAUGGAGCUGCGAGCGCUGGUGAUAGAGAUGGUGUUGGCUACAGACAUGUCGUCUCACCUUGUCCAGGUCAAAGCCAUGAAGGGGUGUCUGCAGCAGCACGAAGGCAUAGACAAACCAAAAGCGCUGUCCCUACUACUGCACACUGCAGACAUCAGCCACCCCUCUAAGCCCUGGAGUCUACACUCUCGCUGGACCAAAGCCCUCAUGGACGAGUUCUUCAGACAGGGUGACAGAGAGGCAGAGCUUGGUCUUCCCUUCUCUCCACUGUGUGAUCGGAACAGCACCCUGGUCGCAGAGUCACAAAUAGGUUUCAUAGACUUCAUAGUAGACCCUACGUUCUCCCUACUGACUGACGUGGCUGAGAAGAUAGUCAUUCCCCUGGUGGAAGACAACCCAGGCCCACCGGACCCCUGCAAUCGACAUAGUAAUCUGUGGAAGGAGAGUUCCAGAGGACUACAGUGGAGCUUGUCUCACAUCACCUCAGAACUGGUCAGCUUCAGAUCCACCUGGACACGACACACAGAAGACAACAAGUUCAAAUGGAAGGAGAGCGGCUCCAAUGGGCUCUUGGAUCAGAUCGUGUCGAAGGAGCCGUUGGCUGGUGAAGAUGAUGAGCUCGCUGAACAACUGCUGCAGACCCCUUUUAAUGAUGCUAAACAGUAGAUAGGCCUCUCAUGCAGUAUGAUGCCUAUGUAAACGAUAUGCAAACGGAGGGUUGGGGAGAACUGUUUACAUGUAAUCUUUUACAUGUAAUCUUGAUAAUAAUACAAAAAUGUAACUGUAAUCAGCUACUUUACCAGCUAAAAUAUUGUAAAUGGAUUCCAAAUACUUUUGAAAAACUAGAUGAUUACUUCUUCAAUUAUUUAAAAAUUCAGAAAGGAUGUUUUGGGAAAGAAUACAUUAUGAUACCUUUCUGUUUCUCAAUGACAUUCAAUUCAGCCCUGAAAAAAGGUGCCAGUUUAUGUUUGUUGCACCUGGUUUGAUUGAUCCUUUCCAUCUUCUUCUUAUGUCUCUUAAGGGGAAAGUAAUCAGUUGACAUUACAGAGUGGAGGGGAAAGUAAUCCAAAAGUAACUGAAAGUAAUCAGAUUAUGUUACUGAGUUAAGGGGAAAGUAAUCCAAAAGUAACUGAAAGU